AUGUGACAGUCCAACAUCAGCAGAAAUCGGGAGAAAAUGACUGGAAUUCCUGCCUUUGUUCCCCUCUAUGCUUUACUCUUCUGCUCCUUGACACUUCUGUCUAACCUCGAGGGCAAGGAGAGGGCUGUGCUGGACAAUGACCCACCGCGGAGCAGAGCUGAGAGAGCCACGAAUACUCCUGCUAAGAUUGCCUGUGAACUCUCACCCUGGGGUCAAUGGUCAUCCUGUCAUCCAUGCAAAGGCCUGAGGCAUCGGUCCAGGGAUAUUGUCCGGUUCGGACAGUUUGCGGGCAGGACUUGUACCGACAUAUUAUCUACAGAGGAGCCCUGUCCACUCUCCGGAAACUGUGAAGUGCCAACAGUCAACUGUGGGAACAACUUCCAAUGUGAAAACGGACGCUGUAUCCAGAGAAGGCUCAAGUGCAAUGAUGACAACGAUUGUGGCGAUUACAGCGAUGAAGAUGACUGUGAAUCGUACAGGUCUCCCUGCAGAAGGGCCUUGGAGCCUUUGGAAAUAGGGGACACCGCAGGGUCAGGGAUGAACAUCUUUGGGAUGGAGCCUCGGAAAAGCCCCUUCAACAACAAAUUCUACAAUGGCCAAUGUGAUAGCGCCUAUGAUGGAAACAGAAGGACCUAUUUCCGUAUCCCCUGGAAUAUUGCAUUUUUCACCUAUCAGACACAAGCUAGACAAGCCUUCACUACCGAGGUAUACGAGACUUCAUCUGAAGUUGUCACAAAGAUCAUGGAAGAGACCACAAACAAUUUCAAUGUUGGAUUCUCUCUGACCACAAAGUCUAAUCUGCUCGAAUCCAAGGCUGGUGUUGGAUUCAAUCUCAACAAGUCGCAAAAUCUUGAGAAGCUGCUAAGUCACAAUCAGUCCCAGACAAAUGAAUACUUCCGGGUGAAGGGUCAAAUUCAGCUGGCAAAAUUCCACAUGCGGACCAGUCGCUAUAUGCUUAAUGAAGAUUUCAUCAUCGACCUGAAGGAUUUGCCAACAGAAUAUGACAAAGGAGUGUAUUUUAAAUUCCUCGAAAACUACGGCACACAUUAUAGUGCCUCUGGAACGCUAGGUGGCGAUUAUCAAAUGGUUUACGUAUUGGACAAAUCAGAAAUGGAUCAGGAACGUAUCACCAGCGAACAGGUGAAGAGAUGCCUGGGCUUUGAUGCAAACUUCAACAUCCAACAGAGCAUGUCAGAAGACCCGGGCUCCACAAAUGUUGGAGGUGGCCUGAACAUCAACACUGACAGCUGUAAGAAGAUCACUAACAGCAACUACACUUCACAAACGGAAAAGCCCAUCAUCAAGGAUGUGCUGUCAUUUGUAAACGGCGGUGACACUGUAUUUCUGACCAAGCUAAAUGUGCUGCUGUCUGAGAAAACGCAGCCUCUCGAUAUCUCUGUUUACACAGACUGGGCCGGCUCGCUGAUCCACGCUGCAGCAUUAGUGAGGCAACAGUUGAAGCCAGUCUACAGUUUGGUGCCACCCACAAUGAGGGAUGCCUUAGUGAUCCGGCAGAACCUGGAGCGAGCUACAUCUGACUAUGAAGCGGAGUACAGUGUCUGUAAGUGUGCGCCGUGUAUGAAUGGCGGCACGCUGAUCCAAUUGGAUGGCCAAUGUCAGUGCCUGUGCCCCAUGAUGUUCCAGGGGCUGGCCUGUGAAACCUCCAAACCUCAAAACAAAGGCAAAGCAGGUUACACCAACGGGCAGUGGAGCUGCUGGUCGGAGUGGUCCUCGUGUACCAACAAGCAACAAGUGCGUAGCCGACAGUGUGUGGGCACACAGGGAGGCGGAGAGCCGUGCCCAGGGGAGAACCAGGGCACCCGUCACUGCUGAGAGCCAAGACUGUGUGGAGGAGGCAGAGCGAGCUCGGGCCCAGCAGCUGAUCACCCAGCUGGCACCACAGCCAACUUCCAUCAGUGGCACAUCUGUUCAACACUCAUAAUAAACUGUUCAAAAAUA